AUGGGACACCAAGCACAGAGUGUGGAAUUUGAGCGAGCCGGUGCCAGAGCAUCCUUCGGGGUCUUCGUGUCGUCCGAUGAGGCUACCUACCUAAGCGCUGAGGAACUUCAAAAUUCGCCCGAGCGGAUGUACGGAUAUGUUGGAAAGAUGCUGUAUGUGUGCCCCGUGCGUCGAAGCCUUGCCCGUGUUGUUAUCGACGGCAACGCCAAACAAUACGGAGGUUUCCCAAUGGCCUGGUCGGAAACCUGGGGUACGAUUGAAUAUUGCAGCUGCAUCGCAUCAAGCAAGGCUAUACGAACCAACUCGGCCGAGCUAGACGCACAAGCGGUGCAACGCUGGUACGAAGCUGGCUUUAGGGUUACGUUGGUUAAGAGAACUGGGGUGGCCGGUUGCGAGAACGAGGGUGAUGAGAGCAGGGGAGGAGCGGGAGCAGGCGAGGGACCCGGUACGUGUCAGAACAUCUGCCAUCUUCCUCUGCUGUAA